AUGGCAAAGAAAUGCCAAUGGUGUAAAAUUAAGGAAGAUUACCAUUAUUGGCGUGACUUUCCUUCAACAAAUCACCAAUUUCUUGUGAUCAUGGCCUACAAUUUCCAUCAACAUCUGAAAAUUCCUCAAAAAUUCAUAGAAUGUUUCAUAGAAAAACUCUCAACAUGGUGUACUCUUAUCGGACCAAAUGAAAACAAAUGGAGAGUGAAGUUUGUUAGUGAUACGAUGAAAUUCUCAGACGGAUGGGAGAAGUUUGUUAGUGAUCAUGGAAUAGAGGUCAAUGACGUUGUGGUGUUUCAUUAUGCUGGAGAUUCGUCGUUUAAAGUCUCUGUAUUCAACGGGGAGAAUUGUUGUGAAAGGGAAGGCUCUCACUUUGCGAGUAAUACUUCUUCUACCUCGGAGAAAGUUACUUGUACGAGUUCUUUGCAUUUCAAGAGGGCUAGUGACAAUAAUACGAGUACUCCUGCUCCUGCUCCUGCUGCUACUGCUACUGCUGCUGCUGCUGCAGCUGUUGGCAGUUCGCAAAAACCCAUUGUAGUUGAUGAGGACGACGAAGGAUCAUAUAAUGACAAUGAUCAAGAUCAUGACCAUGACCACGUGUCUGAGUAUGACACUGCUACUACAAUUGAUAUAAGUGCGGAAGACGAAGAAUAUCAAGAUGAGUACUCUGAGUACCAGCCUGCUGUUUGGAGGCGGAGAACCAGGGCAAGAUCAUAUUACUCUACUACAGAAAAAAAAACCCGAAGCAGAAUGUGCUACAUAUCUAAUCGGAGGGUUCCUACAGAAGAAGAAAAGAUAAGAGCUUUGGAAAAGGCUACAAGAUUUAUGAAGGCUAAAAGAUAUACUGAGAGAGAGAACAAGAUUCCGAGCCCGCCUAUGCUUCAGAUAACCUUGCGGCCUGCACAUGUUUACUGGGGAUUUAUGCUGACAAUCCCAAAGAAAUGGGCAAUAGAGCAUAUGGUCCAUGGCCCUCAGGACGUGAAGCUGCAGGUCGGAGACCGAAGCUGGAAUGUUGGAUACAGAGUGACUAAGUCUUGUAAUAAGGUUGUUCAAUACCUCAAUCCAAACUCGCAGAAAUUUGUGUUUGACAACAAUUUGGAGGAGCACGAUACGUGUGUGUUCGAGCUGAUUCAGAAAGGGCUCUUAUCCGUCUUUAACGUCUACAUAUUUCGUGUCAUUGAUGAAAUUGUUCCCUUGACACUGUCAAAUUACAGAGCUUAA